CGAACCUCACAGUCUACUCCGAACUACCAUCGGAGAACCUUCCGACCUACAACAAGGUCAGCUUAAAUCUAAAAUUCAAGAUGGAGGAAUUCUAUCCCAACCUACUCUCAAACAGUCUUGAAGUUACACUCUGACCCCGGUUUUUGGCGGGAGUUGAACCCUCCCUUCCUCAGUUUAAUUCCUUCGGACUAGUUCAAGCCACGUGUUAAUCCACAGAUCUCCCCUCUUUAUGUAGGUCCCUCCACCCAUAUCCACCAUGGUCCUCGACAAUAAGAACGUUAUAAGUGUGCUCAGGAAGAUGGUUGGUACAACUAAACAGGCAGGAACAAACAAGCCUGCAAGCGCAAACAAAGAACUAAAUCAUGCCGAGAAAAUAGAAACAGCUGAUUGUAAACAAGAUGGCGCAGUUCAGAGAAGCGUUAAAAUCGCCAUAGACGUUGAUGACUGCGCACAGGAUAUUUGUGAGCAAGGAACAGAGCUUUUGCCGCGCUCAGAGUCUGCACGACAGAAGAGGAAGCGUGCUGUGUCAGAAUGCGCAAGUAUAAUAGCAGAUCCGACACAGGUUGAGGGUGGAUCAGGAGAAUGUCUAGCCUGGAUUCUAUGGGUUCCAACCCUACUCCGUCUCCCCUGUCUUCUGUUAUCUCUCUACCUGUUCAUUUCAGCCCUCGAGCUCCUCGCGACCUCAUUUAGGCUCAUGGCGGGUAAAACAGCAGGUUCUAUCUUCCGAGAGAACCCUUUGCUGCAGAACCCUGUGGUUGGGUUGAUGAUGGGGGUCUUCUUCACCGUCCUGGUUCAAUCCAGCUCAACCUGCACAUCUGUCAUCGUAUCCAUGGUAUCCAGUGGAGUACUGGCUGUACAGAAUGCUAUACCUAUGAUAAUGGGAGCAAAUAUUGGAACAUCACUAACCAAUACUCUGGUUUCCUUCUCCCAGGUGUCUGACAGAGAUGAAUUUGAGCGCGCGUUUUCUGGGGCUACGGUUCACGAUUGCUUCAAUUGGUUAACUGUUCUGGUUCUCCUCACUAUCGAAGUGUGCACAGGAUACAUGUUCCAUCUGACAAGUUGGAUGACAGAAAAACUAGAGGCUGAAGUAAACUACUCGAUAAACAACAAUUCAAUGAGCAGCAACUACUCGAUGAGCAUUACUUCAGAAAGCAGCAAAAGUGGAAAAAGCAUGAAUUUUCUGGGAGACUUAACUAAACCCCUGACAUCAAGUAUCAUGCAGAUCGAGAAAUCAGUGUUGAAAUGCUGGGCGCUUGGUGGUUGUCAAGAGCAAAGGCUUCUCAAGGUCUGGUGUAAGGACUCUGGGUUGAAUAUCAGUGGAACAGAAACUCGUCAGAUUGAUGGGUUAGAUGAGAAGAAGUGUGAGUUCCUGAUGAACCUGGAGAAUAUAUCGGACUUCUACCUGGGACUCAUCCUCUUCAUUGCUGCUCUUCUCACCAUCUCAACCUGUCUCAUAUUCAUUGUCAAACUUCUUCACUCACUUCUUCAGGGGACUGUAGCUGAGUUGGCAAAGACGACAAUAAACUCCGAGGUACCCGGUCUACCGUGGUUGUCAGGAUAUAUUGCAAUCCUAGCUGGAGCCGUUCUCACUUUCCUGGUUCAGAGCAGCUCAGUUUUCACAUCUACUAUCACUCCUCUAGUAGGACUUGGUCUCAUCUCAGUAGAUAGAAUGUAUCCUUUGACCUUGGGAUCAAAUAUUGGAACAACGACGACAGCUCUUCUUGCCUCACUAUCAGCUGAUCCAUCAAUGCUUAGAAGUUCUGUGCAGAUUGCCCUGUGUCACCUGACCUUCAAUAUUCACGGUAUUCUCCUCUUCUAUCCUCUACCUGUUAUGAGAUGGCCUCUAGCAUUGUGCAAAGUUUUGGGACGAACAACAGCUAGAUAUCGAUGGUUUGCAAUCGUCUAUCUUCUUCUCAUGUUCUUAAUAGUCCCUGGACUAGUACUCGUCCUUUCAAUAGCAGGAAGUAUUGUCCUGACCUGUACUUUGGUUCCGAGUAUCAUCAUCAUCACUUCUAUCAUCGUCAUCAACAUUCUUCAGAAUACCCAUCCUACCUUACUUCCUUCCUUUCUUAGUGAUUGGAACUUCUUGCCUGAAUGUCUGAGAAGUUUGGAACCAAUGGAUCGGGUAAUCUCAAGGAUUGUAUGUAUGAAGAAGUACUCUGGCAUACAAACAGCUGAACCAGUAGUAGAAGAAAACUAGCUCCAGUCCGACCAUCUUUCCUCGAGAGUCUAAACCGAGCAUACGUCUUUUCUUUUAAUUUUUCUCCCAUUCCUGUUUUCCAUCCUUUUUUAUCAGUUUUAACUUUUAAAAAGAUUUAUCAUCAAUUUUGUCAUUGUAUUUUCCUUUCAUUUUGAAUUUUUAUUUGUUUUAUUUAGAUCAUUCUUUAAAUGCUUCAAAAAUUAUGUUUUAUGUUAGACCCAAUUUCCUCUCAGAUCUCAUUAUUUCAAACACCAUAACUUGCAUAUUAUCCUUCAUCUAUUUUAAUCAUCAUGUUUCUAAACAUUAUUUUUCCUCUUUUAUCAAAUUUUAUUUCAUCACAUUUAUUUUA